UUUUUAUUAUCGCUUCGCUCAGCAUUCAUUCGUAGUCAUCGUCGUACGUUUGCACGCCAAAUAUUUCAGUCGCAAGCCAAGCUUUCGUGUGGAUUGUUUCAUUUUAUUACACUCUAAAGCGUAAAUAGUCGGCGUGUCUAAGUGCUGAUCCAUUUCAAAAAUAGAAAAGUUCAAAAUGGUCAUUAAUUUCGCCGCUGGUCCAGCCAAAUUACCGGAGGAGGUGCUGAAAGAAGCGCAAGCAAAUUUGCUCAACUGCAAUGGCACCGGCAUUUCAGUGAUGGAAAUGUCACAUCGUUCAUCAAAUUAUGCAGCCAUACAAGAAACAGCUAUAAAUGAUCUACGUGAACUAUUGAAUAUACCAUCCAACUAUAAGAUAUUGCUCAUGCAAGGCGGUGGCACUGGACAAUUCGCGGCGGUUAGCUUCAAUCUCAUAGGUCGCACUGGUGUCGCUGAUUAUGUUGUGACCGGCUCUUGGUCAGCUAAGGCAGCAAAAGAAGCUGAACAAUAUGGCAAGGUCAAUUUGGUAGUACCCAAAGCGUCGAAAUACACUACGGUACCCACACAAGACACUUGGAAACUCGACCCGAAUGCCUCGUACAUUUACUAUUGCGACAAUGAGACGGUUGAUGGUGUGGAAUUCGAUUUUGUGCCUGAAAUUACAAAUGGUGUGCCAUUGGUUUGUGAUAUGUCUUCGAAUUUCCUAUCACGUCCCUUUGAUGUCACAAAGUUCGGUCUCAUCUUCGCCGGUGCACAGAAGAAUAUCGGACCAGCUGGCGUGACAGUUGUUAUCGUACGUGAGGACCUCAUUGGCCAGCACAUAAAGCAGACACCGUCGAUUUUGAAUUUCGCACAAAUGGAUAAGAAUGCGUCACUGCUCAAUACGCCGCCAACUUUUUGCAUUUACUUAAUGGGUCUGGUAUUCAAGUGGAUCAAACGUAAUGGCGGUGUGGCGGGCAUGGCCAAAACGGCGGCAGCCAAAUCGAAGCUCAUCUACGAUGUAAUUGAACAGUCGAAUGGCUUCUACAGCUGUCCGGUGGAGAAGCGUGUGCGCUCACGUAUGAAUGUGCCGUUCCGCAUUGGCAGCAGCGAGGGUGUCGACGCGUUGGAAAAAGAGUUUCUGGCAAAAGCAGAGAGUCUGGGCAUGAUUCAAUUGAAGGGACAUCGCUCAGUUGGCGGCAUUAGGGCUUCGCUGUACAACGCCAUCACUAUCGCCGAAACCGAGCAGUUGGCGAAACUACUGCAGGAGUUCGCACAAAAUAACAAGGGUAAAAAUUAAGAAAAGACUGAAUGAAAGAACAAAAUGAAUUUAUUAUGAACAACUGUUGUAUAUAUGUAUUUGAUAUAUUGAUAUUGUAAGUAAAAAAUAAUGGUAUUUGGUAAAGAAGAAAAUUAA